ACUCGUCCCCCCACCACCCACCACCCACACCCACACCCAAAAACAACAUGUUCGUUUAAAAAACUACUACUUGUAGUUUGUAUAGCGUGUUGACCACUCCGACACCUCUCCACCGGAAAAUUCUUUCCCUCCGUCUACACCCUUCCUUGAUCCCCCGAAUUUCUCUCUCUCUCUCUCUCUCUCUCUCCUCUUCUAAAUUCUCCGUAUCCCCUGUUUCUAUCUCCCCAGAUUGAGAAGUCACAAUUUUAUUUUACGCUUCCUCAAUCUAGUCCUCGAUGAUGAAGCGAGGUAUGCGAUCUAACUAUGCUUCAAUUCUGCUGCGUAUCAACCAUUAACAACCGCAGCGAAACGAACCUUCAAUAACUCCCAACAAUGCCGCCACCAACACCACCAACAAGCACCCCAAAGUACAAUACCAAUCAUCAAGAUCCAAAUCACAGCCAAAAAAACGCGACGGUGGCCGUCGCCGAAACGUUGUCACGGCCUCCGUCGAUGAGAGAGGCGGCACAAUUGAUAUGCGGUGGAGAUCAUAGAGAGGUGAAGAUAAACGAUAUUGUAGGGAAUGGAAUAUCGGGGAUUUUGUAUAAGUGGGUGAAUUAUGGCAAGGGUUGGAGGCCCAGGUGGUUUGUGUUGCAAUAUGGUGUACUUUCGUACUAUAAGAUACAUGGCCCCGAUAAGAUUGUGGUCAGCCUAGAGACCGAGAAAGGGAGCAGAGUAAUUGGUGAGGAGUCGUUGAAAAGGAUUUCCAGAUGUAAGAAUGCGAGCUCCCAGGUCCGCCGUAAGCCUUUUGGUGAAGUUCAUCUUAAGGUUUCAUCAAUCCGUGAGAGUAGUUCCGAUGAUAAACGAUUUUCAAUUUUUACGGGAACUAGGAGGCUGCAUUUAAGGGCUGACACCCGGGAAGAUAGAAUGGCAUGGAUGGAUGCAUUGCAGGCUGCCAAGGACAUGUUCCCUAGAAUGUCUAACAGUGAAUUAAUGGCUCCCUUGGACAAUGUUGCUAUGUCAACAGAAAAUCUGCGGCAGCGAUUGUUGGAAGAGGGUGUGAGUGAGGCAGCCAUCCAGGGCAGCGAGCAGAUCAUGAGAAAUGAGUUUGCAGCACUGCAGAAUCAACUGAUGCUGCUUAAGCAAAAACAUUGGCUCCUUAUUGACACGCUGCGUCAUUUAGAGGUACAUGUUACGAUAAGCAGAAAUCAUUAUGCUAAUGGAAUUGAAAAUUCUUCUUCAGUGUCUUCUCCAAUCUCCCCAAAUUAACUGCUGUGCAGCUGGGGUUCGUUGGAUGGUUGUAAAAUUUCUGUUUUUUUCUUAUUUAAGUCUCACAUUCUUCUGUAUAG